AUGACCGCCGUCGCUGAUGGCCCGUUCCCGGACUCCGACCUCCAGGACCCUGCCGACCGCCGCCAGAAGAGACAUCCCAAGAACAAUGCGACCACAGGCGCCUCCGCUGCGGGCAUCCGCGCCCUUUCGGUGCAGUUCAUGACCUUCUACUUUCGUGCCCCUAUCAAAGCUUUCUUCCGCUCGCGCAUAGAUUACAUGGCCUACGCGAGAGCAAUCAAUCCGCUCGUUCAGGCAAACCUACCGUGGUCAUGGCGGAUGACAGCCCCUGCAAUCCUCGCCCAUGCCGUCCGGAGCCAUGGAUGGAGCUUCAUUCCGAAUCAGGUUCUGCCGCCCAUGCUGGCAAACGUUACGGUUGGGGCCGUCCUUUACACUGGCUACCUGCAGUGUCUCGGAGCCCUUCACGAACCGUCCUCCCACUCCGCGAAGAGAGUCUACCCACCUGCGCCCCCGCAGUGCACUUUUACUGCCGGAUUCGCAGCUGGAACCAUACAAUCUGUCAUUGCUGCUCCUCUCGAUGCCCUUCAGGUCCGCUUCCAAACCAGCGACAUGCUUGAAGGACGCUACAAAUCCAUGUGGCAGUACGGAGCACAUAAGCUCCAUGAAAUCGGUCUUCGUGGUGUCUUUGCUGGGUGGUCUUUAUCUGUUCUGAAGGAUUCCUUCGGCGCAGGCGUCUUCUUUGCCACUUUCGAGUAUAUCAAGUCGCAGAUGUACUACAACUUUGUGACUGAGUACUACGGGAAGCACACUCCUGUGUUCGAAUGGCACCCCUGGAGGUCAACCAUCCAAUACAUCGAAGGCGAGCGCCCUACAAUCAAACCUCACUUCAUGAUGGAGCCGACCUUCCUUUUGAUUGCAGGCAUCGCCGCAUCCGUAGCCCAGCAAGCGGUUGCGCAUCCCCUGACGGAAAUUCAGAACGUGCAUUACAGCCGUCUCGAAUCCAUGGAUUUUGCUGCCCAGCAAGAGAAGAGCAAGCGUUCCGCGUUUCGUAUGUACUAUCAUGCCUACGAAAAGACGUUUGAGCAGUGCCGCAUUCAAGCUCGGCGCAUCGGAGGCUGGAGGAAGUGGCUUUACAAAGACUUUUUCAUGAGCACCAUUCGUCAAGUCCCAAGUACCAGCGCCGGUCUGAUCGUUUUCGAAAUUGUUCGGAGAAAGUAUGGACUCGCUACAAACCCUGCUAGAAUAGAGAAAGAUGGCUACGAUAUUCUAUUGGACUAG